AUGUUUUCUCUAUGCGUUGUUUUUUUUUCCAUUCUUUUUUUUCUUUUUUUAAUUUUCACUUUUUUAUUUUUAUUUUCUCUUGUAAUUUCGUUGAUUUUUUUUUCUUUCUGGUUAUUUUUUUUACUCCCAGUUGUUCUUUCCUUUCUUUUCAUUACUUUUCUUUCUCUUUUUCACAUAGUUACAAAAUUCAUCCUUUCUCUUAAUUCUUUAAACUGUUUCUUAAUUCUUUAUUUCCCUAUUUUAUUUUAUUUUCUUUACACCCCGCUUUCUAUCUCCUUUUUAUUAUCUUUUCUCAUUCUGUGUAAUUUCUUUUUCUUUCUUUUAUUUGGACCUUUUUUUUUUCAUUUCAGUACUAUUUUUACUUUUAUCGUUCCAUUUUUUUCCUAUUUUCUUUUCUCCUUCCUUGCUCGUUUCUUUCAUUUCUCUUUUUCUUUUUCUUUUGCUCUUCCUUCCUCGAUAAUUAUUAUUUUCAAUUCUCCCUUGUCUUUCUUUUCAUAUUUAGUUUCCGUUUCCAGUAUCUUGUGCAUCAUUCCUCCUUUCUUCCAUCUUUCGUCUUUCCGUACUCCUUCUCCCUUCCUUUUUCAUUCUCUCUUUUUAUUCAUUUUGACUUUCUUUCGAUUUUUCAUUCUCAUAUGCAUCCCAUCUUCCUCUUUUCUUUGUUUUUUUCUUCUUUCUUGUAUUUAUUUAAUUUCUUUUCUAUCUUUUUCCUUCUUUCAUGUCCUUCCUUCUAUCCUUUCUUUUACAUUUCAUUCGUGCUUUUUUCUUUUUUUUCUUUUUUUCUUUUUGGUCAUUUCCGUCCCUUUUUCUUUCUGUCGUGUUCUUCUUUCUUUUCGUUCUGUUUUUACCAUUACUUUGCUUUCAACCAGGCAUUUCUUCACGUUUUAUUUUAUUGUUAUUGUUAUUUUCUUUUACACUUUUUCAAUUACAUUUUCAUUCCCUCUUCAUAUAUAUUUUCUUUCUCUCUAA